AUGACGGAAACACUUGUUAAUACUAAUACCAAUGAUAUUCAAUCAAUUCGUAUGAAAUAUGUGGACAAAACAGCACACUUAUCAACACAACCAAAUUCCUUAAAUGAAUUAAUCGAUUUAAUUUAUCAAGCAUUUGCCACAAAUGAUGUUGAUACUGAUUAUGUUUAUACGAUAAUGAGCAAUUAUAAAGGUAAUAUGAAAGAAUGGGCACCAUAUAUUAAAUUUCAACCAAAUAAAUAUACAAGAAAUUUAGUUGAUGCUGGUAAUGGAAAAUUUAAUUUAAUGAUUUUAUGUUGGGCUGAAAGUCAGGGUUCAUCAAUACAUGAUCAUACGAAUUCACAUUGUUUUAUGAAAUGUUUACAAGGAACUUUAAUUGAAACAAAAUAUGCAUGGCCAAAUGAUGGCAGUGAAAAUAAAGAAGAACCAUUGCACGCUAUCUGUCAAACAGAAUUAAAAGACGGAAAAGUUGCUUAUAUAAAUGAUUCAAUUGGUUUACAUCGUGUUGAAAAUCCAAGUCAUACGGAUACAGCUGUUACAUUACAUCUUUAUGUACCACCAUAUAAUCAUUGUAAUAUAUUUGAUGAACGAACAGGUCGAGCUAGUGAAGUACACGUUACAUUUUAUUCAAAAGGUGGGCAAUUAACAAAAAAUGAAUGA